CUCAUGAUGCCGUUUGUUCUCUAAUGUUCUCUCUGAGGCCUUUAGAAAACAUGUGCUUGUGGUAUUUGGUUGUGAAUAGCCAGCUCCUCCUCUUUUUCACCUUCAGUACUUACACCACAAGGUUAUCCUCUUGAAUGAGGCGAGAAACAAUCACAAAAAAAAGAAGCUGCGGGCCUGGUUUUAUAGGACCUGAAGAACAAUUGGUUUCCAGGGUGUAAGCUCCUGAAAGAGCCACAACAAACAGCCCAGUGGGACCUUAACCUCCCUGUCGCUACUUCAGCGAAACUCAGACGGAGAUGAGGAUGGAAACACAAGAGAUGGAGAAAAUGAAGGCAGAAGAAACCGAUGAGGAGACUGGGAGUAGUUUAAUUUACCAGAUGAUGGCACUAAAGCAUAAAAAGAUGGAUGAAGAUGUGAAGGUUGUGCUGCAGCAGCUGAUAAUGGUUGCCCGACUCCCCUGCGAUCCUGCUGAUAGAACUGAACUGGGAGCUAGCUAUGAAAACUUCAACGUUCACUUAAGCAAACAGCACAUGUGGGAUCAGGGAAUCACUGGGCUGCUGCUGAUGUAUCCCACCUGUCUGCUGCACGUCAUCGAGGCUUCUGAACACAUGUUGAAUUGUUUUUUGAAAGACUUCCAAGCCAUGCAGCAACAACCAGACUGUACCCAGCUGGAAGCUAAGGUUGUUUUCGUGGGCCAUAAUCUGGAAGGCAGGCAGUUCCAGCAGUGGCGGUACGAGGUGAUGAAUGCAGGUCCGGAUGAUGGGAACCCUUUGGUCAGGAUGCUUGACGAAGAUGAGGACAGCAUAGAGAGUUUGGUUUGCAGUGUCCUGACAUCACUGCAGAACCUGGUUCCGCAUGUAGAAACCAUUGAUAAGGCUUUUCCUGGAUCCGUCUUGGAUGAGAAUCAAGAGAUUUUAAUCCCUGCAGUGAUUUUGGAGAUGCUUUUGGGUCGCGAUGAACUCUUAAGUCCUCAGCAGUACCAUCAGAUGUACCACAACCCCUUAAACAUCAACCCUGAAUAUGGACAAGUCAACCUAAGAUAUUUCUUCUAGAGCGUCCAUCCAUCUGUCCAUGCAUCUGCCUGAGCACCAUAAAGAAAUCUAGUUAAUAGCGGAUAAUAGUAUUUAAAAGUAGGCGAACAAAGAUGGAGAACAUAUUGAAAACUGAAUUCGUAGAAACCCUAUAAUAAAUGUAACAAACACACAUCCGGUGAGGGAGUACUCUAACUUUCAAUUCUGCAUAGCUUUUUUUUUUUUUUUUUUUGCAAGAAAUUAAAGCCAUAAUCAAUUUAAACAAACACGUAAUAUUGAUUUUUAUAAUAUUUCUAAAGUAAAAGUAUUGAUCUCAAUGUGACUUUUUGUCUUACAGAUGAGAUGCAGGGAACAGAUUAGUCCAAACGUAUUGUUGCAUCUCUAAAUUAUAUUCUACAAUAAAGCAACUAAGGUGAACAUUUUUACUGGAGGAAAACGUAAUUUAUCAUGACUGACUGUCGAUAUUCUGCCAGUUUACAUUUAGAUAAGAUGUGACUGAAGGAUUCUUUGUAAUAAAUCCCUUGGAACAAAAUGUGAAAU